AUGGCUGAUGAUGACGAAGGGCACUCCAUCAAUGAUGAUCUUCGUAUGAUGGAGUUCCCUGGAGAUGAUGAAGAGAACCUUGUGGCGGACCAGGAAGCCCUGUUUAGCUGUAGCGGCGCCUCGCCAAUCAAUCUUGCUGCUGACGAAGGUGACGGUGAUGGCGCGGGUGAUGCGGCUGGUGCUGAGCCCGACACUGUGACCAUCAGCGCCAAGAGGAGGCGUCCGUGCACCUCUGAUGUUUGGAAUGAUUUUGACAAGGUCUACAAAAUUGUGGAUGGUGAUGGGGUUUCUUCUGUUACUCUUACAUCUGAUAUAUGGUCUGGAAAUGCUAAACAGGACUACCUUAGUGUAGUUGACCAUUUUGUUAACUUUGAUUGCCCUCCCAUCAUCUGCGGGGCUCGCCCGCCACCGAAGGCCGCCGCCGCAGCCGCGGAGGCCCCGGCCUCCCACCCCUUCCUCGACCUCCUCGACGCCUGCUUCAACAACGACGCCCCUGCCGCCGCCUCCGACAGCGCCAACGGCGGCAAGGGGCCCCGCAUGAUGCUGACGGAGAACAACUCCGCCACCUACGCGAGCUCCGGCAACCCUUGCCUCGACCUCUUCUUCCAGGCCGUCCCCGACACGCUGCCGCAGCGCGUGCGCGAGCUCGUCACCCUCGCGUGGGUGCACGACCCGCUCACGGCCCUCAAACUUGUCGCGAACCUCCGCGGCGUGCGCGGCACGGGCAAGUCCGAGAAGGAGGGCUUCUACACCGCCGCGCUCUGGCUGCACGAGCGCCACCCCAAGACGCUCGCCUGCAAUCUGCCCGCGCUCGCCGAGUUCGGCUACCUCAAGGACUUCCCCGAGCUGCUCUACCGCCUCAUCCACGGCGCUGACGUCCGCAAGCUCGCCAAGGCCAAGGUGGGCAUCGAGAAGAUUAGGCGCAAGGUCGCGGAGGUCCGCGCUGCCCGGCUGGCCGGCACGAAGCGCGCCCGCGGCCACACCGCCACGCCACAGCCCGCCGCCGCGCCCGUGCUUGCCGGCUUCAUCAGCACCGCGCUCUCCAACCCUAAGACCAAGUCCAAGCGUAGCAGUAAGUCUGGAGCCGGGGUCUCUGCCGCGGCCAUGGAGACAGAGGAGGAGGCGUCUCAUCAUCAGGCGACGGAGGCCGUGGUGCAAAAACCCAAGGCGAUGGAGGUGGAUCACAAGGAGGCGGCUGCUGCGAAGAAGGAGAUCCCCAUGACGAAGGAGGUGCGGAAGGCAGCGAAGCUCGCAGUGCAAUCUCUGGAGACGUACUACGCCGAUGGCGCCUACCGCUUCCUGUUGGACUGCGUCGCGCAGUUCUUCGCCGACCUCCUCGCCUCCGACGUCGAGCAGCUCGCCCCCGGCGGCAAGAAGAGGAAGAUCGGGCUCGCCGCCAAGUGGUGCCCAACUCCGGGCUCGUCGUUCGAUCGGACGAUGCUGCUCUGCGAGGCUAUCGCCCGCCGCCUCAUCCUGCGCGACUCCAGCCCCGACUACGCCGACCUGUCGGAGGAGCACUACGCGUACCGCGUGCUCCACCAUCUCCGCCGCGAGGUGCUGGUGCCGCUGCGGAAGGUCCUGGAGCUUCCGGAGUUGUACAUGAGCGCCCAGCGGUGGUCCGAGCUUCCCUACACCUGCGUGGCGUCGGUGGCCAUGAGGCGCUACAAGGACCUGUUCAAGAAGCACGACGAGGCUCGCUUCGACAAGUACCUCGAGGACGUCGAGGCUGGUAAGGCCAAGAUCGCGGCCGGCGCGCUCCUGCCCCACGAGAUCGUGGCCGCCGCCUUCAGUGGCGAGGCAGACGAUGUGUCGGAGCUGCAGUGGCGCCGCAUGGUGGAGGACCUCCGCAAGAAGGGGUCGCUGAGCAACUGCAUCGCCGUCUGCGACGUGUCCGGGAGCAUGACCGGCACGCCAAUGGAGGUCUGCGUGGCGCUGGGCCUUCUCAUCUCGGAGCUCAGCGAGAAGCCGUGGGGCGGCAGAGUUAUCACGUUUAGCGAGACCCCCCAGAUCCACAAGAUCGAGGGCAAGACCCUCACCCAGAAGAUGAGCUUCAUCAAGCGCAUGCAGUGGAACAUGAACACCAACUUCCAGGCAGUGUUCGACCGCAUCCUCCGCACAGCUAUGGACGGCCGGCUGCCCAAGGACAAGAUGAUCAGGACUGUCUUUGUUGGAGAGACGGACUACCAGGUCAUCUGCCGCAAGUUCAAGGACACCGGGUACGGCGACGCAGUGCCGCAGAUAGUGUUCUGGAACCUAACGGACUCGCGGUCCACGCUUGUGACUUCGACGCAGCCCGGAGUCGCGAUGGUGAGCGGCUUCUCUAAGAACCUGGUCAAGCUCUUCCUGGAGAACGAUGGCGUGGUGAGCCCGGAGGCUGUCAUGGCGGCGGCGAUCUUAAGCGCCGAGUACCAGAAGCUUGCCGUUUUCGAUUGA